GCCCGGACGGAAGUUGCACCACAAGUACGAUUAGUUUCAGUUUUGUUUCUCUUCAAGGAGCCCAGCAAUAACAGCGUCCAGACCCCGGCCCCCUUGCAGUCCUGAAGGCCAAGGUCAGCUCUGGCUAGGCCUGACACUAUAGCACUGACAUUUCCCCAUUUGCUGAAUGUACACCAGGAGGAGGUGUACAUAGGGGGUUGGCUCCCUAGCUCAAGAGCAAGUAGCCCGAGGCCCCAGGAGACCAGAAGAAGCUCUUGGCCAUUCAGGAUGGUUUCCCAGGGAUCCUCGCUCUCCCUGCUGGAGGCCCUGAGCAGCGACUUCCUGGCCUGCAAGAUCUGCCUGGAGCAGCUGCGGACGCCCAAGACGCUGCCCUGUCUGCACACCUACUGCCAGGACUGCCUGGCCCAGCUGGCCGAGGGCGGCCACGUCCGCUGCCCCGAGUGCCGUGAGACCGUGCCCGUGCCGCCCGCCGGCGUGGCCGCCUUCAAGACCAACUUCUUCGUCAAUGGGCUGCUGGACCUGGUGAAGGCCCGGGCCUGUGGAGACCUGCGUGCGGGGAAGCCAGCCUGUGCCCUGUGUCCCCUGGUGGGGGGCACCAGUGCCGGGGGGCCAGCCACCGCCCGGUGCCUGGACUGCGCUGACGACUUGUGCCAGGCCUGCGCCGACGGGCACCGCUGCACCCGCCAGACCCACACCCACCGGGUGGUGGAUCUGGUGGGCUACAGGGCGGGGUGGUACGAUGAGGAGGCCCGGGAGCGCCAGGCAGCCCAGUGCCCCCAGCACCCCGGGGAGGCGCUGCGCUUCCUGUGCCAGCCCUGCUCCCAGCUGCUGUGCCGAGAGUGCCGCCUGGGCCCCCACCUGGACCACCCCUGCCUGCCCCUGGCCGAGGCCGUGCGUGCCCGGAGGCCUGGCCUUGAGGAGCUGCUGGCGGGUGUGGACAGCAACCUGGUAGAGCUGGAGGCUGCCCGGAUGGUGGAGAAGGAAGCGCUGGCCCGGCUGCGGGAGCAGGCAGCCCGGGUGGGGACUCAGGUGGAGGAGGCGGCUGAGCGGGUCCUCCGGACCCUGCUGGCCCAGAAGCAGGAGGUACUGGGGCAGCUACGGGCCCACGUGGAGGCUGCCGAGGAGGCUGCUCGGGAGAGGCUGGCGGAGCUCGAGGGACAUGAACAGGUGGCCAGGGCGGCAGCCGCCUUCGCCCACCGGGUGCUCAGCCUGGGUCGAGAGGCCGAGAUCCUCUCCCUGGAGGGAGCGAUUGCCCAGAGGCUCCGGCAGCUGCAGGGCUGCCCCUGGACGCCUGGGCCAGCCCCCUGCCUGCUGCCCCAGCUGGAGCUUCAUCCUGGGCUCCUGGACAAGAACUGCCACCUGCUGUGGCUCUCCUUUGAGGCGCAGCAGUCCCAGGUUGACAGUGGGAAAGAUGGAGCUGGUGCCCCGGGGGGCAGUGAGGUGCAGAGCCAGACAGAGGGUGUGGCCAAGGCAGAGAGACAGAAUGGAGUCCAGCCCCAGGGCAGGGAUGGAGCGCAGACCCCGAAAGAGGACAGGGCCCAGACGCCCCGAGAAGAUGGAGCCCAGACUCCGGAAAAGGACAGAGCCCAGAUGCCCCAAGAGGAAGGAGGAGGCCAGCACCAGAAGGGCGGCAUGUCCAAUAAGAAGAGAAAGUUCAAAGGCAGGUUCAAGUCAAUUUCCCGGGAGCCCAGCCCAGCACCUGGGCCGAAUCUGGAGGGCUCUGGCCUCCUGCCCAGGCCCAUCUUUUCCUGCAGCUUCCCCACACGGAUGCCUGGAGACAAGCGGUCCCCCCGGAUCACUGGACUCUGUCCUUUUGGCCCCCGGGAGAUCCUGGUGGCGGAUGAGCAGAACCGGGCGCUGAAACGCUUCUCCCUCAACGGCGACUACAAGGGCACUGUGCCAGUCCCUGAGGGCUGCUCCCCCUGCAGUGUGGCCGCUCUGCAGGGCGCCGUGGCCUUCUCGGCUGGCGCGAGGCUCUACCUCAUCAGCUCCAAUGGCGAGGUGCAGUGGCGCCGGGCCCUCAGCCUCUCCCAGGCCAGCCAUGCUGUGGCUGCACUGCCGAGUGGGGACCGUGUGGCCGUCAGCGUGGCAGGCCACGUGGAGGUGUACAACAUGGAAGGCAGCUUGGCCACCCGGUUCAUCCCUGGGGGCAAGGCCAACCGGGGCCUGCGGGCAUUGGUGUUCCUGACCACCAGCCCCCAGGGCAGUUUCGUGGGGUCGGAUUGGCAGCAGAAUAGCGUGGUGGUCUGUGACGGGCUGGGCCAGGUGAUUGGAGAAUACAGGGGCCCAGGCCUGCACGGCUGCCAGCCAGGCUCCGUGUCCGUGGACAAGAAGGGCUACAUCUUUCUGACCCUUCGAGAGGUCAACAAGGUGGUGAUCCUGGACCCGAAGGGGUCACUUAUCGGAGACUUCCUAACGGCCUACCAUGGCCUGGAAAAGCCCCGGGUGACCACCAUGGUGGACGGCAGGUAUCUGGUCGUGUCCCUCAGUAACGGGACCAUCCACGUCUUUCGGGUCCGCUCCCCUGACAGCUAAAGGGCCCAGGACUGGGGAGGGGGUGCCAGGGAGGAGGGCAGGAGGGAGGCAGAGCUGCCCGUGGGAUGUGGCAGCUGAGGAUAUUUUCCUGAAGGGCAGGGGUUGACGACUUUUCAAUGUGAAGUACCAGACUGCUAACCCCUCCUGUGGUGUGCAGGGGUAGGGACCAAGGGUGGAGGUGUGGCCAUGACUGCAGGAGCAGAGGCCAGCAGCGGGAGGGGUGCUGGGAGCCUCUUGCUUUCUGCUGGUGGCUGUCGCUGCUGCUAUAGAGUUUAGGUUGCUGACAGGUGUGAACUUGUCCUGCUGUGCAUUCUUCAAAACCAUUCCUCGUGGGGUAGCCGGGGUGGGGGGGGAGAGUUUUGGGGGAAGGGGUGGGCAAACGUAGCCCAGGGUGGGUCAGACGCGCAUUCUGGAAGGGAGCUGGGAACCUGGCUCCCCUCAGACUGGCACAGCGUCACGUGGGGUCAGAAGAGGCCUGAGAUUUCAAAACAGCAACAAAUGACAUCUGCCUGUCACAGCCAGGGAAUCUCCUAGGAUAGUGGCAGCCCUCAGGGAAGUACAGGAUGAGCCUCAUGGGGACCAAAUGCAGACAUCAGCCGGGGCCAAGAGGUGUCAGCGUCAACAGCCAUGAAGGGAAUGGCAGCGUUGGUGUCUGGAAUACCAGGUUCUGAGUAUCAGAGCUGGGGAGCCCUCCACGCCCCCCCACUGAGCCAGUCUGCAGCAAGACCACCACGGGAUGCCAGAUCUCCACAAGGCCACACUGCUGUUUCGAUGUCUUUCCAUUUCCGGGAGUCUAUUUUUUGUUCUCGAUUAGUUUGCCAGUGAAAUUCAUUCUGAGAAAUGUUGGCCUUCACUUGGCCGAACAAAGGGGUGAAGGAAUUUGUCCUUCUGUAGGGCCAGUGUUGGUGCCAAGGAAACCUGAGAUGGCAGUGGGGCUGGGAAGGACCACUGGUCCUUUCUCCAGGUGGUGGCAGCGGUGGAAGUGAGGUGGCUGAGUAGAUUGCAAGGACAUAUUUAGCCAGGGGCUGUGGAGAGACUACAGAAGGAGAUCUUCAGGCAGGGGUCAUGGACGAUGAUGGCACCUUCAUGGGAACCAGAGGGAUUUCGGACAAGUCCAGAUGGGAUGUGCAGGUCCUUUCUUGUUUAUCGAAACAGUGUGGGAAAUCGUCAAAGUCUGGGUGGACGGGUUAUAUAAAAACUAAAGGUGUAUGCAUAGCAAAGAAUAGUAAAGAUUAUAAGAAAACCCAGAAGAUGAGAAAACGACGUAGAAUUGAUUUGAUACAGAAAAAGCUGUCUCCGAUAUAUGCAGUGACUGAGUCUAUUCGCUCAAAGACCCCAAUAGGCCGUGCACCCCAGAGGAAAUGCUCACAGGCAAGGACUAGUAACAUGAAAAACCAAAAAACAAAACCACUUGCAUUUUUAAAAAUAAAUUUUUAAAAAUAUAUUGUGGAGAAAUAGACUCCUGGCACUCUAAAAUGUGGCUUUCUGGAGAACAGUUUGGCAAUACUUGACAAGAGAGAAAAAAAUGAUUGUAAGAAUAUGUUAUCUCACUUUGGGGAAUAUGUUCUGGGAAAAUAAUUUCAAAGAAAAAAUAUUUGCAUAGAGAUAUUUGUGGCUGCCCUAUAUAUUAGAGUCAUUAACUGGAAACUGCUCAACUAUGGGGUGAUAGCUGAGUAGACUGUGGUCUGUUAAAGGAAUGAGCUGUUGCCCUUCCUAUGUGCCAAGGAUGAAAAGUAUUGGGAAGAAAUAGUUGUGUGAUACAAUCAUAAUCCAAGAAAAAAUGGAGAAUCUGGAAUUACGAUCACAUAGUGACAGCAACAAGGGUAAAGUCAGUCUGAAUCGUUACCGAGUGGAAAUAUAGGUUCAGAAUUUGUAAAUAGUGAUUUGGGAGUUAUUUUGUGCUAUUAUUCAUAUACGCACAUUUCUACUUCAGUUAUUGUCCAUUACAUAACAUAUAUGCUUGAAUAUUUACUUCAAGGAUAUAUACCUGUGCAAAUGAUAUUCAAGAAUAACUACUGGAUUUGAGAGUCAAUGUGUCAGAACAAAUGAGAUUGUCCGAGAGGAGAAGAGGCAGGAGCGAGGGAGGGGAUCCUAGCUGGUCAGGGCUCUCCGAGCAGGGGCCUGUCUGGGCAGGGCCACAGACCAAGGAACCGCUCUGGAAGGGUCUGCAGAGGCGAGGGGUUCCCCUCAGGUGAUCGGAUUAUUGUGGAGUGUCUGCAAGGCAAGGGAAGUGUCAUUGAUUUCACCAAAUAACUCGGACCCACUGGAAACCAAGUUCUAUAGAACCAACUAGUAUGGGAUGGGUGGCACGAGGGCACGGACGCUGCCUGUCUUCAUUGCAGCUCUAACUGUAGAGCUGGCAUAUUGACAGCUCUUAGUAGAUGCUCAAUAAAUAUCUGUGAAGUGAAUUAAUACCUAGAAAGGGAUGAGACAGGACAGUGGUGUGACUCUACAGAGAUUUCCCACCUCAAAUGUCAUAUCGCAGCCAACCAAGCUGUCUAAAACCUUGGCUUGUGGGAAAUCUCCAGUAGGGGGCACUGUGGCGACAGUCCACCAUGUGCCUCCCAAGGCUGGGCUCCCGGGCAGAAAAAGGGGAGAGAUUGGGUUUCUAUUCCUGCUUGUGUGUGUGUGGCGGGGAGAACUGGGAGACGUGGGCCGCAGGGGACUGCGCACUCUCGGGUUGGAACAGCAGCUCUCCAGAGUUGCCUGGCAGCAAGGGGCAGGGUCCUGGCUGGGGAAAUGGCUCUAGCCAUGUGGCCCAUCCAGGGGGCAAAGCAGGAAUAGAGACCUUCAGACAUGAAAAGUCACCCGGCUGCAAAAAGAGAAUCCCGUAGGUGCUCUAGAGAUGAGGGAACCAAGUAGCUUCCCGGGAAGCUAUUAUGAAUCCUAGGAAGUGCGUAUUGGAAGACGAAGGAAAAUACUAGAUUUUCUUCAUAAGGAGGCAGGGGUGAGAAGGCACGGGACACUGGCAAAAUGUGAAAGAUGGAUGGGAAGUGUAGCAUCAGCAUGAUUUGGAGGUAAAAUUCUCAACACCUUAACUGAGUGACCUGGGAAUCCUUGUGAAUCCCACAGAAAGCACGAGGCGGGCAGGGAAGGGGUUCUCAGUUAAACUCCAGGUGGAAAGAAAUCGGGAACAUCAUGAAAGAUACAACAACAUGCCCCGCCCUGACCCCACCUGGGGAUUAUGACAAUUAACUUGAUAAAUUGUUCCUUUUUCUGUUUGGGACUGCCCAGGCUGGGGAAAGGAGAAUUCCAUUCUGGUAGGGAGGGGGGGAGCGAAAAACCUCUUGUAUUCUUUGUACUGAAAAAGGGGAAGACGAUGAGACAGGGGAGGCCUGCGUUGAGCGCUGGCUUUUCCACUAAAUACCUGUGUAGACUUGAUCUGGUUCCUUAACCUCUCGGAGCCUUGGUUUGUACAUCAGCGUUGCUGUGAGGAUUGGAUGAGAAGCGUAGAGGAGUAUUUUGAACACCAUGAAGUUCAAAUCCAAGGUAUUGCUUAGGAAAAAGUUUGCCUGACUUGUACUGAGCAAAUACUCUUCCAUCAGUAUAAGCUUGUAUGAGGUUGUUACGUGCACGUGUUGGUUUGUAAAAGCUCAAGAACAUCUUUAGAGGAGACUGUUUUGUUUUGCUUUCCGGCAGUUACUUGAAGAAGCCGUAUUUGAAGACACAACAGUGACAGCAGGGGCAGAAGGGACCACUGGCCAGCUUCGAUGCCAUUCCUAUAUGCCAACUGAGAAGUAGACUGCACUAAUUAAGGGCCCAUAACCGUAGACAUUUAGAAAAAGUUAAAAAUGGGAAGAGUGGCUGAAUCUUUUGAUAGUUUAGAGAAAAUGGAAACUGGGGGUGGGGGGAGGGGAAGAGUUCUUCUUCCACUGUAGUCUUACUGUUAAUGUAUCUAUAAAGCAAUGUUAUAUUCUAAAUCUGCAGAGAGAAAAUUCCAAAGGACAGAAGUCCAACAGAGAAGUCAAAAGUUUGCUGAGGAAAUUGGUGAGGUUGGUGACCUGAGCAGGGUUUGACAGGUGGGUGCCAAGAUCCUGGUGUUUGACCCGUCUCUCCCUGGCAGGCAAGCUGAGAACUAGAGCUGCCCAUAAAGGAAGUGGGAGACUGGGCAGGGCUGGGGAGCUAGCCGUCUUGGACGAGCUGGGGCAGAGGCUGCCAGAGACAGCGCUCAGGAAGGUGGUCUUAGCAGGAGGAAGACCAAGUUCAGAUGCAGGCUUAGGAACAUAGGUGUCUUGACUGAAGGUAGCAGAACGUGAAUAUAGUUUAAUUAAGUGGAUCAGGACAGGAGCAAAAAUAGGUCCUCUAGGGACCACAGACUCCUGUGAUUGGAGGGGUAGGGAAGCUACGGCAAAGGAAGAUGAGACCUCCCCUGGGGUGCUGGGCAAGGAACCUCAGGGACCAGGCAGAGGAGGCCCUGGGCAUGCUGAGGACAUUAGGAAGGUUUGGGAGGCAGCCUGACUUGUCUGCAGAGAAAUCUGGAACUGGCUGCCUUAGCGGCCAAGAGAGACAGGGUUGAAGACGAGAAAUCAGGGGUCAGUGCCCAGUCGCUGUGCCGGCCCAGCCCAGGUGGGGCUUUCGUGGGAUAAAGCACAUGUGCUGUAAACUCUUCCAUCCCUUUGGUUGUAUGUUUUCUAUCUUUCCUGUUUCUUAAUAAAGUUCUUCUGAAAAA